AUGUCAUUGUCAAUUUACGAUGAAAUAGUUAAUUCAUCACAUUCGAUAUACGCAUCACUUCCAUCUCAUGGUCAACCUGUUAUACGUAACAACGGUGUGCAUGAGUGGACUAUAUUAGCGACUAUAUCGUUGGUCGUGCCUUGUUCACCUAUUCACGAUGUUGAUAUUGACAAUGACAAUGAUAAGAAGAACGAGAACGAGGACAAGAACGAGAUCAUACCUAUAUCAUUAGGAACAGGAGUGAAAUGUUUACCUUAUACGAAAUUAUCACAAUAUGGCGAUACGUUGCAUGACUCACAUGCUGAGAUAAUAGCUAGAAGGGGAUUCAUAAGAUGGUUAAUCUCACAAGCUACACUCUGUGUGAGAAUGAGCAAUGAACCUCGAGCAGAAGAAGGCGAACAACGUGAUAUUGAUAAUAAUGAGCAAAGGGAUAGGGAACAAGAAGAGGUUUAUGUGGAAUUUGACCAUGGAAGUGGAUCGUUCCAUUUGAAAAAAGGAGUACAAGUUUAUUUGUAUAUAUCAAUGUUACCUUGUGGAGAUGCAUCAACUGUAUAUACAGCGAGUCAUCAAUCUCAUGAAGAAGCUCUCAACUGGGUCGAGUCGGAUGCUUCCACUUCAUCGACCACUUCAGCUACUUCUACACUUAACUCUGAGCUCGAACAAGUCAUGAGAGGAAGAAAUGGAUAUAAAUCAAUAUCAAGCUUACGUACUAAACCAGGCAGACCAGAUUCUAUCCCAUCUAUAUCAAUGUCAUGUUCGGAUAAAAUAGCUUCUUGGUCUGUAUUAGGUAUUCAAGGUGGAUUAUUAUCUAAUCUAUUUCGAGAACCUAUUUACUUGGAUGGAAUUGUCAUUGGUGGAAUUGAGAUCCCCCAUCAACAUCAACAUCAGUUAGAUUGGAAAGAAAACGUGAUCAGAGAAGAAGUAGAAAGAGCUUUAUGGCGUAGAUUGAUAUCUAUCAAAGAUCACCUGCCAACGCCUUAUCGACUCCAUCGACCCUCGAUCGUAUUUUCCUCAAUCCCAUUUAUACAUUCAAAACCGACCAUCCAAUCUACUCUACCCCUUGACAACAAAUACGAACCUUCUCCUAGUCCACUUUCCAUAUCCCAUUUACCGUUCCUCCCUCCAUCAGGGAAAGGAGUGAAAGGCGAAAUCAUAUUUGACGGCAGUAUACUUGGUCAUCCGUGGAAAAAAGAUUCAAGGAUAAAAGAAAAAGGUAGAUCUAGAAUAUGUAAAAUCUCAUUAUUGGUUGAAUAUGAGCGAUUAUUGGAAUCCUUUAACAAAGGAGGGAAUGCAAAUGAUAUCGAAAGUACCGGGAAAACAUCAUACUACGACCAUAAACAUUCAUCCAGAUCAAAGUCGACAUACCAACUUGCUAAAUCAAUAUUAAGGGGAAUACCAUCGCCAGGAGGAAAGCUGAAAGGCCUAGAGACGAUUGAUGAUCUCUAUUCGACCGUUGAGCCGAUCAACCAUAAAUCACAUUCAGGUGGGAACGAUUCACUCCACCUUCCUUCUACUCCCCCGUUCAAAGGAUGGUUAGUAUCCGGAAAACAAUUCGAGUCAUUCACUUCUUCAAGUGAUUUGACGAAAGAUUAG